AUGCGUCAAAUUCCACCAGUAUCACCUGAAACGGAAUUUAUUUGGAUAUGUCAGACUAAUGCUGAUCCAUGGGAUAGCAGUCAACCCGCCGAAUGGACUCCUUAUCCUACUGAAAUAUCCUCAGCUUUGGAAAAAGCCUUUAAAAGUGGUGCUGAUUACACAUUUAUUGGCGAGUUAUACCGUAUUGAUUUUAUAGAGCUUGUACAAGAGUAUAUUGAAGAUCCAAAUCAACAACGCCCUAUUCGACGACGUAAUCUGAGAGCGUCUGUACAAAAUAAUGAAGAACAUGAAAUUGAAACUGCUCGUCGUGAAAGGUUAUUGUUUCCCUUGAAUAUGAAUGCAAAAAAUAGUACAACUGUGGAUACAACCUAUCAUGGUUCAAAGUUUAUUAGAGACUGGUUCUUAGCAUUCACUAAUGGGAAGCUUGAUGUGGCAUUUGAUGUCAUAUUUCCUGCUCUUAUCAACGGCUUGAAACAUGAAGGACGUAAUGAACCAGAAAACACAAUUAAAGGUAUUAUAUGUGCUUUGAAUUUGGUAAGAGAUGAAACUACUAAGGACAAGGAGUCAAAGAAAAUGAAAAAGUUGGAACAUUGUUGUGCCAAGUUGUAUACAAAACAAUGUUUUCUCUAUCGUGUUGUAAAUACGGCAUUACGUGAUGAUGAUCGAACAAAACUCGAUACGUUGGGUCCAUACUGUUAUUUGGUUUACAACUGUGUUGGCCGGCAUACGAAUGGUGAUCUUUCGAUUCGUCGCCGUCUUCUACAAAUACUUCAUCCAACUGAGUCUCAAUCGAUGAUUGUCUAUCGUGGUGAUCAUGUUUCUCGUGAAAAGAUAGAAGAAUAUCGACAAGCAGCUGAACGUAAGGACAAGUGUUUUAAAUGGCUUCCAUUCGUUUCGACUUCACUCGAUCGUGAUGUUGCCGAAAGAUUUGGAUCGAAUGUUUUGUACAUUAUUGAACUGCGACGUUAUUUAUCCAAUGAUCUGUUCGCUUAUUUGAAUAAAAAUACAUAUAUAGAGAGUGAAGAAGAAAUACUAUUGAGACCUGGAGCUCGAUUUCGAGUAAUCAAAGUACAAUUUGAUGAUAUUUCGGGACGACGUUUGAUUUAUAUCAAGAUUAUCCCAUCGUAUGUGUCCAAUUUAAGGUAA